GCACACAAGGUGGCGCCACAGCCAAGGUAUAGGACGAAGUACAACAAAGUUUAUUCCGGCGGGCGAGCCUCGACAGUUGCCUCACUGACGAGCACGGGAAGUUCGCAGGAGUACGCGCUCACGCUAGGAUCAGUAGGGCCGAGCUGGAUAAGGGGAGAGAGGGGGAAAGGGUUAGCGGUUGCAGGAGGUAACACCAUACGAUCGAUAAGAGGUGGGUUUCCGGUACCAGAGAUGCUGGUGUCUAUCGACGAGCAGUCAGGCAGAAGUAACAUCCUCCCCGCCGGUGUAAACCUGCGUGAGUGCAACGUCGUCAUUAUUGGAAGUACGUGCCAGAUAUGUGGCAGAGACUUUAAGUGCAUAACUGACGUUGCUAUGCAUAUGCAAUGGCGACAUCAGCAGCUCGAGAAUGUGUUGAAUAACGCUUUUGAUCACAAUUCUAACCACCGUACCGAAAAAACCGCGGCUGAAAUGCAGAAAUGCGACGUGUGUGACGUGCAUCUGGUGGACGAGCACGACGCCGCGGACCUCAAGUCUUACAAGCGCCAAAUAAACAAGAAGCAAAUCCAUGAGAGGAGGCGGUCUCGCAAGCUGCGUUUGAUCAUCAAGAUCGCCGGUGUGACAAUGACAGAGACACGAAUGAGUCGGAAGUACCUGAAACUACAUAGCAACGAGUAUUUCGCCGACGUUGGCACGCAGACCGAGUCGUACGAGAAUGAGAAACGUCAAGAUGACUAUGGCAUGAAUAUCGAUUUGUCUCUCGCGGACCGUGUUGUGGGUAAUAGCCGUGUACAAUGUGUACAGCCCCAUAAAGCCACGAAUCGAUACAUUCAAGGCAAAUUGGCAUCUGUUCAAGGGGACGCGAUAGCGUGUUCUACAUGUGCGCCGGCGACGAGGCCAAUUGAGAUCUCGAAUACGCCAAAUGAAGACACGACCAUUGAUGCGACUAUUGAUGCGACUAUCGAUGCGAACAGUGAUGCGACCAUUGAUGCGACUAUCAAUGCGAACAGUGAUGCGACCAUUGAUGCGACCAGUGACGCGACCGUUGACUCGAACAGUCCGUGCGCAAGUCCCAUCCUCACCAGGUACUCUCGUAAGAUCGCAUCUUCGCGGGUGUACACGACGAGUUCAUUUGCCGGCCGCCUCGUGGACACCAUUGAUUUUCUCGACGAGACGAAGGACUCGCCAAAACAGAGGUACGAGAGGGAGAACGCGAGUCCUGCACCGGAAGACACAUCGAACCUGGAAGAUUGGGACUCUUCGUUUGGCCGGAAUGUUUCUCCGCGAGACGAUAUUGAGGAGCUUAUCGUCUAUCAACGAGUUAGGGCCGCUGGAACAACGGCGACCGCCACGACGUCCACCACAACCCCGAAUUCUUGGUGCGACAAAAAUCGUCAUCCAGUCCGGUCCAAGGAGACUGCGAAUGAUAUUGAUAAGUCGACGAACCCUCCGGCGGAACCGAUCGAGAUAAUUAUCGAUAACGAAAGCGAUGAUAACUGCGACGAAGAUAUGGCAAAAUGCUCGAGCGCCUCCUCGACUCGAUUCGACCGAGAUAAGGAGCUAGCGACGGCCGAGCCGGUCGUUGACGACGACGUGCAAGAAAUACUGAGAAUCACCAGAGGAAAACUGCAAAGCGACAUCAAUCACGAGUCGCCCAAUCGCACGGAAAGAGAAAUGCUGGUGCGAAACGCUCUCGGGCAAAUGUACGUCUCUUCCACGCAGCCGGAGAUUUAUCCGGAAGAGGAGGACGAUACUAUACUCGUCGUGAGUAACAAUAACGUCGAUUCGCGCGAUUAUCCGCCGUGCGUGAAAAUCGUGAACGAUGAUUGUCCAUUCCCGGCGAAUGUGGCAACAUUUAUGUACAAGUACAAUGACAAACUGGGUAUCUGUUUAAACAAAUUGCGUGACUACAGUAUCGGGUGCUACAACGAUCUACCGGAAAUUAACAACAACGGCUAAGCGAAGCGCCGAAUGAAAGACUAUUCGUAGUGCUAACAGCAGAGCUGCUGCACACUAGAUCAAAGCCCUAUUGACAGUGAGGCGACUUGUCAGUCGCUUCAGUGAUCGAUUAAACAUGUGUAAUAUAGCAAGAACUUCUUACCGUUGAAAUAGACACGUCUAUAAGUCGUGAAUCUUAUUCAAGGCCAAAUCAGUGAAUGUGCCAAUAUAUAUAUAUGUAUAUAUAUAUAUAUAUAUAUAUAUAUAUAUAUAUAUAUAUAUAUAUAUAUAUAUAUAUAUAUAUAUAUAU